AUGGCGCACCUCACUGCGCUCACAACAUUGUCUCUCCUCUCGGCAACCCAGGCUUUCCCAUAUAACCCAGGCUCGGCCUCACAACAUCGAACAAUCGAAUGGCAUCCGUGUCCAGAUGUGGAGGCUGAAUUGCACGCAGCACUUCCUGGCGUGGAGUUUCCGCAUCCUUUCGAUUGUGCUUCAUUGCUCGUGCCUCUCGACUAUACAGAUCCAGGAUCCGCACCACUGAACCUGUCUUUGAUCAGGGUGAACGCCACCAAAACGCCCGUGCUCGGUAGCGUGUUGUGGAAUCCAGGCGGACCCGGAGGAACGGGGUACGAAAAUCUCGCGGUCCAAAGCGACGAUCUCAUCACAACCCUUGGUGGACAGUACAACAUUAUUUCCUGGGACCCUCGGGGCACUGGCCGGACGAUUCCAUUUGACUGCGAGCUCAGCGAAACCGGCCUUCAACGUCGUGAUGCCGCGGCUCUCGUUUCCAACAAUUUGACAGAAUAUUUUCUCGACAGCGGAUGGAAUGAUGCCCAAUUGUACGCGGACGCCUGCUACCAAGCCCAGAAUGAAACAGGCCGAUUCCUUGGUACUGCCUUCGUUGCCCGAGAUAUGGUUGAAAUCAUUGAUGCACUUGGGGAGGAUGGUCUCCUACGGUACUGGGGCCUGUCAUACGGUACCCUGCUUGGGUCGACGUUUGCGUCUAUGUUCCCCGAACGCGUUGCGCGGGUGCUUCUUGACGGGAACAUCAACCCACAUGACUAUCAAGUCGGGCACUGGGGCAACUACCUCGUGGAUGCGGACAAAACGCUAUUGGCAUUCCUGGAGGAGUGUGCAAAGAAUAAGGACCGGUGCGCAUUAGCACAGUAUACAGGCCAGUCCACGGCUUUGGACUUGCUCAAUAUUGUCAAUGCGGCGCUGGAACCUCUGGGUCAAAAUGCGACCACUGGCCCUGAGGCGUGGUCCAUAUAUGCCACACUCAAGCAAACAAUAUAUUCGGGGCUUUACUUCCCCCGGAGAUGGCCUGUCCUCGCUGAGACCAUCACUGCCCUGUUGAAUGGCAGUUCGACCGACGCAGUAUCGUCGACAAAUGCAUCGGCAACCCCCGUACCGUACAACCUAGGAGUCGACAGCAUUAACGGCAUCCGCUGCAGCGACACCCUUUGGGAGGCAGCUUCCGCAGAGGACAUCCUCGAUCAGGUCAAGUAUCAGGGCACGGUCAGCCAGAGCUUCUCUGAUGCGGGCUACUUUUUCACUUGGGUCUGCGCUGCGUGGAAGUUGAGGGCAAAGGAGCAGUAUACGGGAGACUUUUCUGCCAAAACGAAAUUUCCCAUCUUGUUCGUGAAUGGACCUUUCGAUGUCGCAACGCCCUUGGUCUCCGCUCACAACGCCAGCGCGGGAUUUGAGGGUAGUGUUGUAUUACAGCAUGCGGGUUACGGGCAUGGGUUGACUGCACAUCGAUCGCGGUGCACCGACGAAACCGUACAGGCGUAUUUCAGGGAGGGUGUGUUGCCCGAGGUGGGCACGAUCUGCAAGCCAGAUGUCGAAGCAUGGGAUUUGCAAAAUCAGUCGUAG